AUGGCGAUCCAAAAGAUCCACAGGGCAAAAUCAACAAAACCCAGAUCUCCAAUACUUAUAAUCUUAGCCUUCGUUGCUUGCAUUGCGGUUUUGUACCUUGCUUCGUCAGUAGUUCCCACAAUUGGAUUCUCUUUAUCCUCUCCAAGAAGCCUAAAGAACUUGGUAAAGAACCCCGAGAAUCAUCGAAUUGGGCACGAGAAAUACUUAUACUGGGGGAACAAAAUUGACUGCCCUGGAAAACACUGUGAGUCCUGCGAGGGUCUGGGCCACCAAGAGUCCAGCCUUAGGUGUGCCAUCGAAGAAGCUUUGUUUCUUGAGAGGACUUUUGUGAUGCCUUCUAGGAUGUGCUUAAAUCCAAUACACAAUAAGAAGGGGAUUCUUCAUUCAUCUGAAAAUAUGAUUUCAGAGGAAAGGUGGGCUGCUAACUCAUGUGCUAUGGAUUCUUUGUAUGAUCUGGACCUAAUAUCCAACACGGUACCUGUAAUUUUGGAUAAUUCAAAGCAGUGGCAUCACGUCCUUUCAACCAGCAUGAAAUUGGGAUCCAGAGGGGCAGCACACGUACAAGGGGUCAGCCGGGAUGAUCUCAAAGAGAAGAGUUUGUACUCCAAUAUUUUGCUCAUAAAUCGAACAGCGAACCCUCUAUCAUGGUUCAUGGAGUGCAAGGAUCGAAACAACCGCAGUUCUGUCACGUUGUCUUAUUCAUUUCUUCCUUCAAUGGCUACAAAGAAGCUACGAGAUGCAGCAGAAAAGAUCAAGGCGCUUCUUGGUGAUUAUGAUGCUAUACAUGUUCGUCGAGGUGAUAAAUUGAAAACUAGGAAGGACAGAUUUGGGGUUCAUCGGAGCUUACAUCCUCAUCUAGACAGGGAUACAAGGCCCGAAUUCAUUCUUUGUAGAAUCAAAAAAUGGGUUCCCCCUGGACGAACUCUUUUUAUUGCCUCCAAUGAAAGGAAGCCGGGAUUUUUUUCACCUCUGGCUGUGAGGUACAAAUUGGCAUAUUCAUUGAAUUAUAGCAGUAUUUUGGAUCCUUUAGUUGAGAACAAUUAUCAACUAUUUAUGGUAGAAAGACUUAUAAUGAUGGGUUCCAAAACGAUUAUUAGGACGUUUAAAGAAGACAAUACGGAUCUCAGCCUCACUGAUGAUCCAAAGAAGAACACCAAGGCAUGGCAGAUACCCAUUUAUACCAAGGAUGGGGAGGAAUGUUGA